UAGUUGCCGAGUGCCCGGUUGCCGUGUCCGUGACAACCACAGACCAUCGCAUUGGGCAGGAGCGGCCUAUCUUGCUCCGCCAUAAGAUCUUUGGUGACAACGCUUUCGGACGCGGCAAGCAUGAGCGAUGGAGCCGGCAUGGGGUCGAAAUUCGUGGGCAUCGCCAACCACGUUUGGGAGAAGGUGUGCGAGAAGGUGAAGCGGGCGGUGGUGUUCAUGGACUGUGGUUGCGCCGACAGCUUGCACUGGGUCGGCGGCAUCAGCAAACUGCUCCAGGCCGGGGCCAUCAACGUCAAGGAGUUCAGCUCCUUCGAAGCCGGGCUCCCGGGACAAAUCAAAGCCGUGUUCGUGGUCAGCACUUUACUGAAGGGGCGCACGGCUGAUAUCAUCCGCGACAUCGUCACCCUCAGCUCCUUCCAGUACUGUGUGGUGAUCACCGCCGUUAGCCACAACGCCCACCUGUUUGCCAACAACGUGACUGCAGAACUGGAGCAGGACUUGGUCUUCGAGCAAUUCGGGGAGUUGCUGUGCCAGUGGAUGGGGAACAUGAAUUAUACGGGGGAAGUUAUGCACCUGCCCAUAUUAAUGGCGCCCAUUGUUCCCCACCUGUUCAUCACACCAGCCUAUUCGUCAUUUUUCUCUUUCGUGCCUCAAGAUUUGAAACUGAUCAAUAACACAAGACCCGACAAAAAGAAGUUUGGAAGCCUGAACGACGUCGAUUAUCAUUCUUUGCCUUUUCAACUUCAAACACAAAUCAGGUCAUUUGUUUCAUCCUUGAACUCGGUGUUUGAACUGCUACAGCUCAAAGAGGAAUGUUUUGCAGUUGGUCCUACUAGCAGAAUAAUUGCAGGAGAACUGGCUAAUUAUUCACAGGCAAAACAGAGAAGAAAACAUGGUCAAUUUAAAGCAUCUAUUGUCUUUGUGGAUCGAACACUCGAUCUCUCAGGUUCUGUUGCUCAUCAUGGUGAUAGUCUAGUUGAGAAGAUUCUUAACACGUUGCCCAAGUUUCCAGGGCUUGCCAGUGAUGUAAAGGUUAACAUGGUGGACCUAACAGCAGUUCAAAAUAAUGAAGAAACGGAGAAUAUGAUAGCUCCAGGAUGCUUAUCCCAGCCAAAUGACCCUUCAUCCAAAGCUCUAUGGGAGUCCAUGUUAAACAUGAAACAUAAAGAGGCUGUGAUGGAAGUGCGGAGGCACCUAGUGGAGGCUGCUAGCAAGGAGAAUCUCCCAAUUAAGAUGAGCUUGGGCAGAGUCACACCUGAACAACUCAACACCUAUGUCCAAUUAUUCAAGACCAAUUUGAAAGUUUUGGAGAAUCACUGUGGGCUCUUGCAGCUUACCAUGGCAACAGCGCAGACUUUGAGACAUACAUGCUACUCAAAAUGGGACAACUUUCUUGCUUUUGAGCGGCUGCUUUUGCAGACCCUGGACGAUUCUGAUGUGCCAUGUGUUUUAACCCAACUUUUGUCCAUAAUCAAGCCACAUGGGGAAAGAGAUGCCUUAGAUUACAACCUAGAAGAAAUUCUAGUUCUUUUGGUUUACAUCUACUCUGUGGUAGGAGAACUCAAGAUGGACGAGACAAUGGAUAAGGCUGAAUGUGCGGUCAAAAAAGCCUUGUUGCAGUCAUUGUGUGACGAACCUAACUUAUCUCAGAUACUUCAGCAAAUGACAGGUUGUUCUUCAGCAUCUGAAUUGACAUCCAACAUAGCCACUGAUGUCGUGGAGCAAGUGUUUGAGACACUUCGAGGCAUAGCGAGAGCACGGGCACACAUGAAACAGUUCAAGACUCUAUACAGUCCCGGUGGCAACACCCACCAGGCAAUGUUUCAGCCUUUGGUGAAGCAGAUAUUGGAGGAGAUAUUUUGUCCCGACAGACCUGACACUGUGGAUAUUGAGUAUAUGUCUGGUGGCUUAACAGAACUGCUCAAAACUGGAUUCAGCAUGUUCAUGAAGGUGAGCCGGCCCCAUCCCAGUGACCAUCCCUUACUGAUCCUGUUCCUUGUGGGCGGAGUCACGAUCUCAGAAGUCCGAGUGAUAAAAGACCUAGUUUCAACGUAUAAACCAGGCUGCCAGGUGAUUGUGUUGUCCACUCGACUGUUAACUCCACUUGAUGUGACUCAGCUCAUCUUUGCAAAUGACAGACUACAUCCCGAUAUUGGAGUGUAACAAAUAUAUCGUUGCUGACCAAAAAUUGCAUGUAUUCUGCAAUAUCUAACAGAAAUCCCAGAUUUCUGACUGGGUAUAUGAAAAUAAAUAUUGGUCAUAUCUGGAUGAAUGCUCAAAUGUAUAUGUGCCUAUCUCUGUGAUUUAAUCUAAAUUAACUUGAUACUUUUGGAAUAUUAAUGUGAUUCUACUCCAUCACCCACUCUGUUAACAUCUGACACUUUCAGCUGUGGAGAUAUUUUCUGAUCCAUCCUUAAAAACCUGUUCUCUUCAACAUAUUGAAUUGUAUAGAAAUGUUUUCCAUACUGAAAAUAGGUACGUCUUCGAAACAAACAGAUUUAUGUCAAUAAUUCUUUAGUACUGUCUUAACUUGGACUUUAAUAAACCUCCAGAAAAUUA